AUGCUCUCUGUUCAAUAUUUAGACGGUGUGAAUGUAAGGCUGGUUGGUGGUACCAGUCGCUGUGCUGGUAGAGUGGAGGUUCUUCAUAGAGGUCAGUGGGGAACAGUGUGUCAUAAUAACUGGGAUAUGACUGAUGCUGCAGUGGUGUGUAGAGAACUGGACUGUGGAGAACCUGUAGAUGUUCUGGGUGAUGCUUAUUUUGGACAAGGAUCAGGACCAAUCUGGAUGGAUGUUGUGUUAUGUGCUGGAUCAGAAUCUACACUGAAGAACUGUGGCUCAGGAUCAGGAUGGGGUAAAAGCAACUGUGAUCAUACUGAAGAUGCUGGAAUCAUCUGCUCAGAUGUAAUGAAUGUGAGGUUGGUUGGUGGUCACAGUCGCUGUGCUGGUAGAGUGGAGGUUCUUCAUAGAGGUCAGUGGGGAACAGUGUGUGAUUAUUUCUGGGAUAUGCCUGAUGCUGCAGUGGUGUGUAGAGAGCUGGACUGUGGAGAACCUGUAGAUGCUUUGAGUGAUGCUCAUUUUGGUCAAGGAUCAGGACCAAUCUGGAUGAGUCUUGUCAUGUGUAAGGGAUCAGAGUCUACACUGAAGAACUGUGGAUCAGCAGGAUGGGGUCAAAGCAACUGUGAUCAUAACGGUGAUGCUGGAGUCAUCUGCUCAGGACUACUUACUGAUGGACCUCAUCUUUGCUCUGGGAGAUUAGAGGUGGUUCAUGGGAACACCUGGGGUUCAGUGUGUGCUGCUGCCUUUGACCAGCAGGAUGCAGAGGUUGUGUGUAGAGAGCUGGUCUGUGGGGCUCCUGUACAGGUGCUGGGAGAAGAUGCUUUUGGCAAAGGAGACGCUCAGAUGUGGACACAAGAGAUUCAGUGCAGAGGAAAUGAAUCUUCUAUAUAUUUCUGUUCAACAUCAUCUUCUCUCAAACACAACUGUACCCAUGAGAAUGACAUUGGACUAUUAUGUUCUGGUUACACUGACCUCAGACUGGUCAAUGGUCCUGACAUCUGUUCUGGUCGAGUUGAACGUCAGUACUUCAGUAAAUGGGGCACAGUGUGUGAUGCAUGCUGGGAUAUGAGAGCUGCCAGUGUCCUCUGUAGACAGCUGAAUUGUGGGAUUGCUGUGUCUGUUGUGGGAUCAGACUGGUUUGGAGAGGGAAGUGGUGAAAUCUGGGCUGAUGUGUUUGAUUGUGACGGGAAUGAAACAAAACUCUCAGAAUGUUCCAUCUCUUCAUGGAGUCGAGCUGAAUGUUCUCAUAGACGAGAUGUUGGAGUCAUCUGCUCUAAUUCCUCUCUGGCUGUUCAUGAUGGUCUGGUGCGGUUGUCUGGAGAGAGACAGUGUGAGGGGGAGGUGGAAGUUUCCAUCCAUCAGGUCUGGAGGAGAGUUCUGCUGGACUCCUGGAGUCUCACUGAAUCCUCUGUGGUCUGCAGACAGCUGGGCUGUGGCUCUAUGCUGAACUUCUCCGGCUCCUCUUCAUCCAGUCCUGAACACAGUCAUGAGUGUGUGACGGGCUUCCAGUGCUCUGGGAGUGAAGCUCAUCUGGGGAACUGCAGCUCUCCACGAACUCUCAACUGCAGCUCCACACAACAGCUGUCAAUCACCUGCCUUGGUGAGAAGAGCAACAUCUGGGCAGAUUCUUCAGUUGUUAGUCGCGGGUCCAUCAGGCUGGUGGGUUCUGGGGGAGACUGUGCAGGGAGGCUGGAGGUUUUUCACAGCGGCUCAUGGGGGACAGUGUGUGAUGACUCCUGGGAUAUUAAAGAUGCCCAUGUGGUGUGCAGACAGCUGCAGUGUGGAGUGGCUGUCAGUAACCAGCAGGUACCAGCCUGGUUUGGUCCUGGUUCUGGACCCAUAUGGCUGGAUGAGGUGGAGUGUGAGGGGAAUGAGACGUCCCUGUGGAGCUGCUCUUCUCCAGGCUGGGGAAAACAUGACUGUCAACACAAGGAGGAUGUAGGAGUCGUGUGCUCAGAGUUUAAAGAGAUCAGGUUAACUGAGGGCUGUGAAGGGAAUGUGGAGGUUUUCUACAAUGGAUCCUGGGGUAAUGUGUGUUACAAUAAGAUGGACAGAGACACAGCGAGUCUGAUCUGUCAAGAGCUGAACUGUGGAAGAUCUGGCAGUGAACCCAAUUAUUCAAAAGGACUGAAGUCUCAAAAUUGGCUGGAUUAUUUUAAAUGUCGACGUUAUGAUUCAUCUCUAUGGCAGUGUCCAUCUUCAUCCUGGGGACUGAAUGACUGUGAUAAUGAAGUGGCAAAGAUCACCUGCUCUGAGAAGGAGAAUCCUGAAUCUCCUCAGAGUCAUCUGACAUGUUUUACCUCACCAUCUCCUCACCAGAGACAGUGUUCAGAUCAUGUUCCUCUCAGACUGAGUGGAGGGGAGGGCCGGUGCUCUGGGAGGCUGGAGGUGUAUCAUAACGCUGUGUGGGGCUCAGUCUGUGAUGAUCUGUGGGACAUCAGCGAUGCUCAGGUGGUCUGCAGGCAGCUGGGUUGUGGAGCAGCACUGAGGGCUGAUGGGAAUUCAGUCUUUGGUGCUGGUGAAGGUGUUGUGUGGCUGAACAGAGUCGAGUGCAGAGGGAAUGAGAUUCACCUGUGGGACUGUCCUCUCUCCCUGAAGAACCACACUGACUGCUCCCACAAAGAGCACGCUGGACUCACCUGUGCAGAUUUGUCAGUGUCCACUACUCCUGCCACAACAACAUCAUCUUCUCCUCCAGUUUCUCAGACAGUGAGCUCAACAUCAGUCUCUCGUCCACAAACUCCUCCAGCAGCGUCUCUCUCUGUGCUUGUGAUUGUACUGGGAGUUGUGCUCUUACUGCUCUUAGUGCCACUGCUUAUACUGAUUCAGCAGAACAGAGUGAUGAGGAGAGCUCUCUCUGACUGGUACACAGGACUACACAGGGCUCCAAGUGAGGUAGUUUAUGAGGAAAUUUAUCACAGACACAAUCACUUAACUCAUACAGGGAGUCUCAUCUCUGAAGAUCUGCGUCCUGGGCAUGAAGAUGUGGAUUCACUUCUCUCAGGUUAUAGAGAGAGGGCGAAUACAUGCACAUCAGGAUACUAUGAGGAAAUCAUCUUUGAUGGACCAAAACCAGAUCGUGAGACAGAUGACACACCAGAGGACUAUGAUGAUGUCAUUACCAGUGGACAGACCAGUGGUACUGAAAAAGUGGACACACCAGAGAAUUAUGAUGAUGUCAUCAUUAAUGGACAGUGCUCUCAAUGUGUAAUGGAGGGGGAUCAGGAGGAGUAUGAUGAUGUGUGGAGUAUCACUGAAGACUUGAGAAACUUGUUAGCAUCCAGCAGCUCUGAUGAAUCCUCCAUCCUCCAUCUUAAUGGGAAGCUGAAGGAAGCUGAGAGCAACUACCUCCGUGCACUGCAGCUCAAACCAGACGACCUCAUCACUCAGUCCAACCUCCACAAACUCUGGAAUGUCAUGCAGAAACAGGGCCUACGAGCUGCUGGAACUUGAUGUGCUGCUGAAACCUCUGCAGAUAUUCCAUCUGUGGACAUCUGAUCUUAUUUGAGAUGGGUUUCUGUGGUUAUUCAGCCCUUACUGUGGACAGAUGUUGGUGGAACUGGUUAAAACUUGAACUGGUCUAGUGGUUGGGAGUGAAGAUGGAGCCUCUGUGAAGUUCUGUAUUGAACAAUGUAUAGUGUAAGAGAACAGUAAAGUGCACUGGAAAGAGUGUAAUCUCUGAAUUUUACUUCUCACACACGCAGGAGAGGUGGUGUUUGCAACAAACUGGAUUGUGUUCUUCUGAAAGCAGUGACCAGGAUGAACUGUCUUGCAUAUGUAGAUGGCUAAACGUCGUCAGCGGUAACUCAUACCAACUGAAGUGUCAUAUAUUUUCAUUAUGCAGAUAUUUAAAAUGUCUUUAUUUAUUGUUGAUCACUUGGUCACUUAUAAAUGGUUGUAAAUAGAACUUUAAAUCUCUCCACACUCAGCCCUGAAUCUAUGAAGCACUAUGUUGCUGACUGUUGUAGAGCUCAAUUUGCAGACUUUUUACCAAAACAUUUUACUACAAUAAAAUGCGUUUGACCAAAAA